AAUGGCAUUGCGACUAAUGGCUUUACAGUUUAGCUCAGUAUGGGUACAGAUUUUCAAGCUUUGUAAUAACGUCUCGCACGUAAUGGCUGGGAGAAAUCCCUUCUCCGAGUCCCUUUAAUAUGCUCCCCGUUGUAGGGAUAAGUGUAGCACCGGGCAAGUCUCAAAAUGACGACGGGCUUCAGCUCCGGUUCCUCUCGGUUUGCAGAUUAUUUUGUGAUCUGCGGACUCGACACCGACAGCGGGCUGGAACCCGACGAACUGUCCGCUUUAUGCCAGUAUAUAGAGGCUACUAAAUUCAGAGAUGGGGCCAGAGGAAAAUUGGCACAGGCAAACGAAGGUGAAAAUUUUGAGCAGAGUCCACUGCGGAGAACCUUUAAGUCCAAAGUUCUAGCACAUUAUCCGGACAAUGUGGAGUGGAACCCAUUUGACCAGGAUGCAGUUGGCAUGCUCUGUAUGCCAAAGGGCUUGUCCUUCAGGACACAGAUUGACUCAAGGGAGCCGCAGUUUCACUCCUUCAUCAUCACCAGAGAGGACGGCUCUCGGACGUACGGCUUUGCCCUCACGUUCUUCGAGGAGGUGACGAGCAAGCAGAUCUGCAGUGCCAUGCAGACCCUCUACCACAUGCACAAUGCGGAGCAGUACGACAUCUUGCACACCCCCACCACCCCGAAAGGAUCUGAGGACCAGCGAGUCCCACAGCCACAUCCUGUUCUCCGUGCGGCACCCGCCAUCUCCCGGCUGCAGCGUUUCAAUUCCUACGACAUCAGUCGCGACACGCUGUACGUGUCAAAGUGCAUCUGUCUGAUAACGCCCAUGGCUUUUGCUCAGGCCUGCAGGAAGGUACUGCAGCAGCUUCACCAGGCUGUCACUUCGCCCCAGCCCCCUCCCCUCCCGCUUGAGAGCUACAUCUUCAACAUCCUCUACGAGGUACCCCUCCCACCCCCCGGGCGCUCCCUCAAGUUCUCUGGCGUCUACGGGGCCAUUGUGUGCCAGAGGCCGAGCACCUCCGAACUGCCGCUCUUUGACUUUGCCAUCGGCGAAAUGUUCAACCUGCUGGGAGUGGAGAACGUUCUUCAGCUGUUCACGUGCGCUCUGCUCGAGAUGCAGAUACUACUCUUCUCUCAGCAUUACCAAAGGCUGAUGACGGUGGCAGAGAGCAUCACAGCCUUAAUGUUCCCCUUCCAGUGGCAGCAUGUCUACGUUCCCAUCCUGCCUGCUUCGCUCCUCCAUUUCCUGGAUGCUCCUGUGCCGUAUCUCAUGGGCCUCCACUCUAACGGACAAGAUGACCGUACCAAGCUUGAGCUGCCGCAGGAGGCGAACUUGUGUUUUGUGGACAUUGAUAAUCACUUAGUUGAAUUGCCAGAAGAAUUGCCUCAGUUCCCCAACAAAUUGGAGUUCAUCCAGGAGAUCUCAGAGGUGCUCAUGUCCUUCAACGUGUCUCCAGAGGGAAACAUCCUCUCUAGGGACAGCCAGGCCGCAUACAGGAGCUUUCGAUCCGUGGAUGUGGUCUCUGACACGCGCAACGGCAACCUGGCCUCGCCCCUCAACUCCUACUUGCUGAGAGAGAAUGAGACCAUCGCCAGGCUGCAGGCUCUGGUCAAGAGGACGGGUGUCAGCCUGGAGAAGCUGGAGGUGAAAGAGGACGCCAGCUGCAUUAAGGACAUGCGGUUUCACUGUGACGAAGAGGAGCUUAAGAUGCAUCAACUCAACAUUCAAGUGCGCGAGGUCUUCGCCAACAGGUUCACCCAAAUGUUUGCAGACUACGAAGUAUUCGUCAUCCAGCAGGGCCACGACAAAGAGUCCUGGUUCACCAAUCGAGACCAGAUGCAAAACUUUGACAAGGCCUCUUUCCUGUCUGACCAACCAGAACCCUACCUGCCCUUCCUGUCACGCUUCUUGGAGACCCAGAUGUUCGCCUCCUUCAUCGACAGCAAGAUUCUCUGCCACGAUGAUGAGGAGAAGGAGCACACACUGAGGGUGUUCGACACCCGUGUGGAUAAGAUCCGCAUGCUGAAUGUCCGGACCCCCACGCUGCGCACUUCAAUGUACCAAAAAUGUACCAACAUUGAGGAUUCGGAGAAGGCCAUUGAGAUGCGAGUGGCAAAAAUUGACCACACUGCCCUGCACCCCCACCUGCUGGACAUGAAGAUAGGCCAGGGCCGUUACGAGCAGGGCUUCUUUCCCCGGCUGCAGUCGGACGUGCUCUCCACCGGGCCCAGCAGCAACAAAUGGGCCAAGAGGAGCGCUCCUGCCCAGUGGAGGAGGAGGGACCGACAGAAACAACACGCCGAGCACCUCUAUUUGGACAACGACCAGAGAGAGCAUGUAGAGUGUUUGUUUCCGGAGCUCCAGCUCCUGCUGUUUCUUGACUACUACUGGCUCUCGCAGUCCUUCAAGCCCUGUCUAAAGUCGGUCACAGUGGAUGUGAAAUACAUCCAGGAAGCCAGAAACCUGGGAACCACCAUCAGACAGCCUAAACUGUCCAAUCUGUCCCCAUCUGUGAUCGCUCAGACUAACUGGAAGUUUGUUGAAGGAUUGCUGAAGGAGUGCAGGAACAAGACUAAGCGUAUGCUGGUGGAGAAAAUGGGUCGAGAGGCUGUAGAGCUAGGUCAUGGGGAAGUUAGCAUCACAGGGGUGGAGGAGAACACUCUGAUCGCGAGCCUCUGCGACCUGCUAGAGAGGAUCUGGAGCCACGGCCUGCAGGUUAAACAGGGAAAAUCUGCGUUGUGGUCUCAUCUGCUACACUACCAGGACAGCAAAGAGAAGAAGAAUGCCACUCCUGGCAGUUUGGGUCCUCCGGGCUUUAUUCAUGACACUGAAAGAAGGAAAUCCGAUGGAGGUGGAUCAGCCAUGCCUCCGCUUAGAAUAUCCCUUAUCCAGGACAUGAGACAUAUUCAGAACAUCAGUGAGAUUAAAACGGAUGUGGGGAAGGCCAGAGCCUGGGUUCGGCUCUCGAUGGAGAAGAAACUGCUUUCCAGACACCUGAAGCAGCUGCUCUCCGAUCAUGAGCUUACAAAAAAGCUGUACAAGCGCUAUGCUUUCCUGCGCUGCGAUGAUGAAAAGGAGCAGUUCCUUUACCACCUCCUGUCCUUUAAUGCCGUGGAUUACUUCUGUUUUACCAAUGUCUUUACAACCAUCAUGAUUCCUUAUCACGUCGUGGUUGUGCCGAGUAAGAAGCUGAGUGGAUCCAUGUUCACGGCCAACCCUUGGGUCUGUGUUUCCGGUGAGCUGGCAGAGACUGGAGUCCUGCAGGUUCCCAGAAACACUCUGGAGAUCACUUUUGAGUGCCAGAACCUGGGAAAACUCACCACAGUCCAGAUGGGUCACGAUAACACGGGGAUCUACGCAAAGUGGCUUGUGGAGUGUGUCGUGGUCCGCAACGAGAUUACAGGACACACUUAUAAGUUUCCAUGUGGUCGGUGGCUGGGGAAAGGCGUGGAUGACGGCAGUCUGGAGAGGAUAUUGGUUGGAGAGCUGAUGACCCCCAACGUCGAUGGGGAUGAACGGAUGUGUCGCACACCACCGAUGCAGCAGUCGCCUGGAAUGAUGAGAAGAUUUACGAUUUCACCAAGCAGCAAACCAAAGUUAAACACUGGUCAGAUCCAGGAGGGAGUGGGAGAGGCCAUUAAUGGGAUUGUGAAGCAUUUCCACAAGCCGGAGAAGGAGAGGGGGAGCCUGACGCUCCUGCUGUGUGGGGAGUACGGCCUGGUUUGGGCUUUGGAGCAGGUUUUCCUGCACGGUUUUAAGUCUCCUCGACUGUUUAAGAACGUUUUCAUCUGGGACUUCUUGGAAAAAGCUCAAGUUUACUUUGAAAGUGCGGAGCAGCGGGAGGUGGCACAAGAUGAAAACUGGCAAACGAGAGUCCGGCACUUUUGCCGUUUCAUGCGCGCCAUUAACAACACUUCCAGAAACAUCGGCAAAGAUGGGAAGUUCCAGAUGCUCGUCUGUCUGGGAGCAAGGGACCAUUUGCUACAUCACUGGAUUGCACUCCUGGCAGAUUGUCCCAUCACUGCUCAGAUGUAUGAAGACACUGCACUUCUGAAGGACCACUCUCUUGUAAACUCUAUGAUCAGAGUGCUACAAACCCUGCAGGAGUUUAACAUAACGCUGGAGGCUUCUCUUGUCAAAGGUGUCGGCAUCUAAGCCAAACCACUUUCCACCAGUCGGACCUGCUGUGGACCACAUUAAAGAACAACUGAACCUUUUAAAUGCAGGAUCAGACUUGAACGAACCGUUUGGCUUAUAUUAAAGCUACUGUCACAUUUGCCAUAUAUGAAGUGCAAUGAGCCUUUCAAGAUUUAUUUUUUAUCCUAAAUGACGUUGCUAUUAGAUGUCGGAAAUAUGUUUUCUAUUAUGAACCAUAAUUUUCACAUUGAUGAUGACCUUGUGCUACAAUGUUUUACUGAAAGCUAAUAUUUUCUUUGUGAUCAUGAACUGCCGGCAAUGGCUGUAUUUAAGGGAAAGCGAGGAUUAAAACUGUUAAUAUAUUUUCUGAUAAAAACAGUAUUAUUUUGUUAAUGCAGUCAGGUUGCUUGCUCUGUUGUAAACUCCAGUUACAAUGUCAUAACAAGGAGCUUAAAGCAAAUGAUGUAGAAGUAUGCUUUAUAAGUAUGUGGAUGACAGGGAGGUUUGUAGAAGAUGAUCUACCCACAUAGGAUGAAAAAAAGUCAGAAAAGUUUGUGCUAAAAAUACGUGUAUGCAAACCUCUUAAAUGAAGCUUCAUAGGUGGGCCUUUUUGCAUGAUUGAAAAAGACUGUGGCUCAAGCCUGAAUCCACUGGAGCACAUUAUAUAGAUCAAGCAUCAUACACCAAGUUUUGUUUUCCGGACAGAGUUGCUUCAGGAUUUUCUUGACCGAGCUCUGCAAAGUGGAUCAUGUCACCAUUCAUGUACAUGCCUCCAACCAGCCCUUCUCCCCCAUCAUCCUUCUCAACCCCUCACACUACAUCUACCCUGUUCUUCGGACUAAAAUUAUGUGAUGAUCUGAGUAAACUCUGUGUUGUGCAUGAAUUCCAAGUUACCAAACAAGGAGAUAUAAGGACCCUCCCCUUUCAAUCUCACCUUUUUUUUUGUCAUCUUGGUUUCUUGCUACGCAAACUGUACCGGACCCUCCUUUAUUACAAACAAUAACUUUAUUGUGCAGAUUAAGAGAUUUGAUAUCUGAUGGACUCCCCCCCUCCCUGUGCUAAUAUUUCUGGGAUGACUGUGAUGUAUUAUUCUGUGUGAACCCUCCCCCCAACCACACGUAAGCAUUUUGGGAGAUAUAUAUUUUUUUUUUUUUCCCCAAAACAGUUUUACAUUUAUCAAACAAAACAGCAUACUGUAAUCAUAAUCAAAAGACUACUGGGAACGCUUUUACAAUGGAGCAGAAGAUGAUUGGAGUGGCAAUUUAAGUUGAUGUCAACCUUAAAUUUAGCAUUCUUCUGCAUAGAAGUUCUGAAGAAUCAUUUUUUCAUUAGUGUUUUAAGGAAAAAAAAAAUCUUUUUGUCUUCUGUUUGUUUCUCCAUGGUUGUAAAGGAGUUCCACACUCACCUCGCCGUGUUGCACUUGGAGAGGGUUUUGUUGUUGCUGUCGAAUAUAUAUGAAGGGUCUUUAAUGAUCCCUAAGGAAAUUUAAAAAUGACCAUCUGCUGACAUUCAUUAAAAAAAACACACAUACA